AUGCUGUCCUCGCAAGCCUUGCUGUCCUCGCAAGCUGUGCUGUCCUCGCUAGCUGUGCUGUCCUCGCAAGCUGUGCUGUCCUCGCAAGCUGUGCUGUCCUCGCAAGCUGUGCUGUCCUCGCAAGCUGUGCUGUCCUCGCAAGCUGUGCUGUUUUCGCAAGCUGUGCUGUCCUCGCAUGCUGUCCUGUCCUCGGAAGCUGUGCUGUCCUCGCAACCCGUGCUGUCCUCGCAACCUGUGCUGUCCUCGCAAGCCGUGCUGUCCUCGCAAGCCGUGUUGUCCUCGCAAGCUGUGCUGUCCUCUCAAGCUGUGCUGUCCUCGGAAGCUGUGCUGUCCUCGCUAGCCGUGCUGUCCCCGCAGGCCGUGCUGUCCCCGCAAGCCGUGCUGUCCUCGCAAGCCGUUCUGUCCUUGCAAGCCGUGCUGUCCUCGCAAGCUUUGCUGUCCUCGCAAGCUGUGCUGUCCACCCAAGUUGUGCUGUCAUCUCAAGUUGUGCUGUCAUCUCGAGUUGUGCUGUCCUCUAAAGUUGAGCUGUCCUCUCAAGUUGAACUGUCCUCUGAAGUUGAGCUGUCCUCUCAAGUUGAGCUGUUCUGUCAAGUUGAGCUGUCCUCUCAAGUUGAGCUGUCCUCUCAAGUUGAGCUGUCCUCUCAAGUUGAGCUCUCCUCUCAAGUUGAGGUGUACUCUCAAGUUGAGCUGUCCUCGCAAGCUGUGCUGUCCUCGGAAGCUGUGCUGUCCUCGCAAGUUGUGCUGUCCUCGCAAGCUGUGCUGUCCUCGCAAGCUGUGCUGUCCUCGCAAGCUGUGCUGUCCUCGCAAGCUGUGCUGUCCUUGCAAGCCGUGCUGUCCUCGCAGGCCGUGCUGUCCUCGCAAGCCUUGCUGUCCUCGCAAGCUGUGCUGUCCUCGCUAGCUGUGCUUUCCUCGCAAGCUGUGCUGUCCUCGCAUGCUGUGCUGUCCUCGCAAGUUGUGCUGUCCUCGCAAGCUGUGCUGUCCUCGCAAGCUGUGCUGUCCUCGCAAGCUGUGCUGUCCUCGCAAGCUGUGCUGUCCCUGCAAGCCGUGCUGUCCUCGCAGGCCAUGUUGUCCUCGCAAGCCUUGCUGUCCUCGCAAGCUGUGCUGUCCUCGCUAGCUGUGCUGUCCUCGCAAGCUGUGCUGUCCUCGCAAGCUGUGCUGUCCUCACAAGCUGUGCUGUCCUCGCAAGCUGUGCUGUCCUCGCAAGCUGUGCUGUCCUCGCAAGCUGUGCAGUCCUCGCAAGCUGUGCUGCCUUCGCUAGCUGUGCUGUCCUCACAAGCUGUGCUGUCCUCGCAAGCUGAGCUGUACUCGGAAGCUGUGUUGUCCUCGGAAGCUGUGCUGUCCUAG